AUGCCCGUGCUGAGCCUCAGAUCCUGUGACGACACGACUGAGCUGGCUACACUGUCCUUCAUCGUAAAGCGUAAGCAGCCAGUCCACUUCAUAAUAACUCGCACAAUGGUUACUCACCCCUCUCCUCCCAACUUUUUGUCUCCCUUCCAUCCCUCCCGCUCCUCGCUCCUCGCUCCGCCGCUUGCGUUGCCUCUCCUUCGUUGUCCUCCUCUGUUUACACUCGCCUUCCUUUUUGCAUUCGCAUUCGCGCAUCCGCUGCAAGUAACAGUCGACAAGCGCGCGCUCGCGACAAUACCAACGUAUGACCACUCCCAUGGUACGACCCUCUCUUUGACGCUGUACACGCUCUCCUUCCCCACCCAUUCCAUGCUUAACGCCACUCUCGACAGGUCCACCCCACGUGCAUUUACAUUCCUUAGUGCAGCGGACAACAUCAUAUCGAACAGAAGCAGUGGACUGCCACUUACCACUCCUGAGCGGAGUCCGUCAAUACAUUCCACUUUGCCUUCUCUGUUCGAGCCGCCUGAAUCAACUCGUUCAACGCUCCGGAUCUCAACCUGCAUGCACCACUCACACUCGCUGCACGCCGUCGCAGUGCAGCCUCAACCUCCACAACCCACUCAACCUCAACCCACACACACACGCAAUUUGACUCACAGGUCCCGAGUGACAACCAAACGUGGUGAUGAAGACUACAUCAAACAGCCCAAGGAUGCGUUCAUCCUUUUCUGA